GGUAACAAGCAGCAGGCUGCAAAAUGUGAAGUUGUGUCUGAGAUGGAGAACUUCAUUUUGUACGAGAAGCUGGGAUCAGGCAGCAGGUCUGUUGUCCACAAAGGACGACUGAAAGGCAGCCUCAACUAUGUGGCAAUUGUGUGUUCUGACAAAGUCAAAAGACCUGAGAUCAUCAAUCAUGUCCGCCUUUGUCAUGAUUUUGAGCAUCCCAAUAUUGUAUCAUUUUAUGAGUGGUAUGAAACCAGCAACCACCUGUGGUUGGUGGUAGAACUCUGUACAGGUGGCUCUUUGGAGUCUAUUGUUACUCAAGAUGGAUAUUUGCCAGAAGAUGUAGUAAGAAGUUUUGGAUGGGGUCUUGUCCAAGGAUUGCAUUAUAUCCAUGAAAUGGGCGUGGUAUUGUCUGACCUGACACCAGCUAAGAUUCUGUUGGAUAAUAGUGGAAUUUUAAAAUUUAAUAAUUUCUGCCACUCCAAAGCAGAGGGAGAGACCAUGGAAGAUUUUAUGUCUUUGCUCUCUACCACUGAAAUAUCAAAACAGGGAGAUGUCCUGGAGCAGCUUGACUUAAUGAGAACUAAAUUAAAAGGUUCCUUACUUUAUAAAGCCCCUGAGGUUUUGCUGGGAUCAGAAACCAACAUCAGUACUGACAUUUGGGCCCUGGGCUGUAUACUCCACUACAUGUACACUGGUAAACCUCCAUUUUAUUGUGAUGACUGUGAUGAAUUAACAGAUAUGAUCUUAUACAAAGAACCAGCACCACUCAUACAACCAGAUACUUCUAUACCUCCAAGUGAGAAUUUCUUAACUCUUAUUAAGAGCUUGCUUGUUAAAAAUCCAUACAAACGGAUGAACUGGCCCGACUUGUUGCAACAUUCUUUCUGGGUUAAAGCUCGAAAGGAAGAAGAGGUCUUUUAUGAUCAAGAAGAGGUUGAGACAGAUGCAGAGGAAGAUGAGGUUGCAAAUGAAAUUGCUGACUGCAGAGAAGAUUGUUCAGCAAGUAAACAAAGUCCCACUGUGUCACUCUGCCCUGAUGAACACAUAAUAAAAAAUCCCGUUCACUCAACAACAUUUGCACCGGGAUGCAGGGAUUCUAGGAAAUAUAUGGAACCACAUUCCACAGCAAAAGUGGACCAACGCAAUGAAUGCAUUAAUAGCCUGCCAAUUAAUGCUCAGCAAAUAAGUAAAAAUGUAUAUGGUGAAAGAAAAGUCAACAAGUUGGUAGAAAGUCAGCACUCAAAUAAAUCAAUGACAUUAGAAAGUUUAUCAGAUUUCAGGCCGAAAAAAGGUGGGGAUGAGGAUAAUGCCGAAGCUAUAUUUCUGCUCAGUUCUUGUAUCAACUCCAUAAAUAACCUCAGUCUCUCCGAAUGCAACCCAACAUCUGGGCUUCAGCCCACUGCUGGCACUGACAUCAUGUCAACUAUAAAAGCUCUUCUCUUCACUGACUCAGACCUUACUGUUACACCAAUCAUGGACAACCCCAAGAUUUUAAAGAGUAUUCCUGUGCGGUUUGAUGCCAAAACUCUUGGUGUUCCAGCGUAUUCAGUGGAAAAGCUGUUGUCUUUAAAUGAAGAUGGUUGGAGUAUUUUCCUUGAGCAACUCUGUUCAAUCUUUGAAGAGGAGCACUCCACUUCUGUCAUCGCCAGUCCUGCUACUCCGAGUGCAACCACUUCAACAACAGCCCGCUCAAAACUAAAUCUGCUCUGCUACCUCUGCUGUGUGGUUGGACAUCAAGACAUUGCCAACAAGAUUUUGAAUUCCAGUCUGCUUCCUGUAUUGACACAGCAGAUACGACAUGCUCCUAACUGGGAUGUGAGAAGCAAAGUUCUCAGAGUCUUGGGACUUUUGGCACUGCACUGUACUGAACUUGGCGAGGAUAGUCCUGUCUCUGAGGUGGUAACAACACUGACAGACCUUCUCAGGGAGAACUUGAGAAACAGCAAAGUCAAGCACUUCCUGCUGCCACCACUCGGGGAGUUUCUCCUCCUCAUCACUUCACAGCAGGAGAAGAGAGGCUCCCCAGAGGGACUGUGGUUCGUUCCCGCUGCCGCCUACACCGGCUUAAUGAGGAGCCUGCGGGAAGGGGAUGAUUCAGUAGUUCAUCAUAUGGCUGCCAAAGCAGUUGAAAACAUUGCCACCAUGGUCUCUGGUCCUGCCCACAGCCUGGUGACCUCAGACACAGGCCCUGCUCUGUGGUACCUGUUCACUCACUCCACAGUGGAGGCAGUGCGGGUCACUGCAAUAUCUGCCCUGUGCCGGCUAACGCGGGUAGCCCCAGCAGUCUUCUGUGCAGUGAUUGACGUGUGUGGCCCUGCAGUCAUAUUGGAGGCUGUGGGUGGGGCAGGAGCCAGGGUCCAGCAGCACCUCCUCACUGCUCUGGCCACAGCUCUGAUAACCUCCAAAACACACACCCACCACAUCACUCAGACCCAGUACCUGGUACUGAAGGCUCUCCGCUGUCUCGAGAGUCCAUCCACAGUGACCCGAGCCAAAGCGUCACUGCUCCUGCUGGUGUUACUCCAAGAAAGUACACAAACACUGUUGUACUGCUGUCAACACAGACUGGUGAUGUAUCUGGAACGAGACUUCCGCAAAGCCACAGCUCUGAGGGAGAACACAGUCCAAUCUGGAUACCUGUCCCAGUGUCUGGAAGUGGUGACUGCAUAUUUGAGUAACACUGCACCACAGAUACUAGAUGAAGUGUUAUGUACACUAAAAGGUGUGACUGGGAGAAGGCAUCCAUCGACAGCUCAGAGCAGACAACUCAAACAAAUAUUACCAAAUUUGUCCAUUGUGUUAGAACUUCUGUCCUCUCAGGUCUUCAGGUCUCAGAUUGUGACAGAAAAGUUCCUUGUUAAUGUUGGACGACUUCUGGACCAUAUCAUUUCUAUUGACUCUAAUGAAACUAAUCUAGCUAGUGCUGUGGGUGCGGUCAUUUGUGAUGCAUUGAUACGUACAUCUCUGUCUAUUGUGGAAGUUCUGAGCCAACACCAUGCCCUCAUCUCACCUCACCGUUGCAUUGUGGUGGCUAAUAUCCUCCCUCCACUGUUGAGUCUGGCCUUCAGCAAAAAUGUGGAGUGGUGUGUGUUUGUGCUACAGUUACUUUCAGAGCUCAGUCUGGUCCUGCUGGUUCAAGACCCCGAUGUCACUGAAGAGGAAAAUACACAGAAAGACAAACAAAAAAAUCCAGUGGAACUAGGCUGUGUCAGAGGGGAGUCCACAGCUCAAUUUGUAGCUCUCAUUUCAAAUUCUCUGCUUCCAAGGUAUGAGACCCUUCUUCGAGCGACAGAGCCUGUCCCACUUUACGCCCUCAAACUGCUGUUGUCAAUGACUGAAUACAGUACUCAGAUCUGCAGGUUAAUAAAAUACAGCACGAUCCUACGACUGGUCUUUCAGCUCAUUACGGCCUGCAGUAAUAAUGUGACCAGUGCAGUGGUUCAAAACGCAGUUGCUCUGCUCUGUAACCUGAGUAGAGAGACCAUUUUGGACCUGCAACCUGUGCAGCAACAAGGUCUUACAGAGGUGGUGGUGAGGACUCUGACUGAAGCUGUGUUGCUCCAUCUGGACGGGGGGCUCAAUGACCGGAGGAGGGUCAGCCAGCCCAUCCUGCCCACCCUCCCCACCCUGCUGGAGCUACUGCACAACAUCAUCAAACAGACGUCCUCAGUCGUCCGCUCAGCACUACAGAGCCAGAGGCUAUCUUGUCCAGCGGUGGAGACGGAGGCAGCAGAGAAGCUGCUCCUGGCCAACAGACCCCUGAGCCAAGUCAGCACUCCCCUCAUCCACAUGUUGUCCAUGGAGCAUCAGGAGGUGUGGGAGGACUCUCUUCAGUGCCUUUCCAUCUUGGUCCAGCUGUAUGGAGGCGAGGGCCAGGACUGUCUCUCUGCGUCCUGUCUCCGCAGUUUCCAACAUUUCCUCCACUCCCACAUGAACAGUGAGCACCCACGGGCCCUGCGCACAGCUCUGAGGAUUAUUAAGAGGCUGAUGCAGACCAUAGAUACUGAUAAAUCUGAGUGGGUUGACAGUUCUGAAGGGGGCGAGCUGCUCACUGUUAUCCAGGAAAUGGCCCGGUCUGACAGGUGCCAUGAGGAGGUGGUGUCCCUGGCUGCUGAAAUCCUCAAUCAGAUUACCAGAUAAAAUAUACUUCUAAAAACUUAACUGGACAUUUUAGCAGUUUAAUCUGACUGAUUUUAUAAUUAUUUUGUUCUUGUGUAAUGUUACUUGUUCGGUAAAUGUCUGAGUUUUUUCUAAAAUUAAAAUGCCUC